AAUGAGGAAGACCAGAAGAGACUAAUAAAGGGUUAAGAACUAAGAAGGGUGGUGUGAGGGAGUGUAUUGACCGCACCACAUCAACAUACAAACGAAACAAGCCACUGAAACAUAUCAUCACAAGGCAGAUAUAAUGGCUGUACAUUCUGAGUCAGGUUCAUCAGAGAAGAAAUCAAGCAAUGGACUGAAUGAGUUGCUGACUUUUAAUGCUGAGAAUAUGCAAAGCAACAUGAAAAUUGUCUAUUACAGCCGAACAUUUUUGGCUAUAAUUGGCGGAGUUGUUGCUGGAAUUUUGGGAUUUACAGGCUUGAAAGGAUUUGUCUUUUAUUUACUUCUUAUGGCAGUUACAUCACUUGGACUCGCAGCCAAAGCAAGAUUUUCAAUCCAUACAUACUUUGACUCUUGGAAUCGAGUGCUACUUGAUGGCUUCUUGGGUGGCCUAAUGUCGUUCGUGCUGUUCUGGACAUUUGCAUAUGACAUUGUUCAUAUAUUUUGAUGGAUGGAUCGUGCAAAUGUUUCAAGAGAAGGCAAUUUUGGCUUUUGUCGCUUCUGUUGAUCCUUGCCAGAAUGCAGUUACAUCCUCCGGCUACUAGAUAGCUUUCAUGAUGUUACCGUUUUUAAACUUUGUAAGCUUUACUUCCAUUAUUUUAUCUGUUUAUGUAUUAUUUAAAAUAGAAUCUCAAGUGGGAAGGACGCACAACGUAGUCCCUUUUGUGGCUGUCAAAUUGGACUCAAGGAUAUUGUUCUUGGAGUUUGCUUUGUGUUAUUGCAAUUUUGCCAUGAACCCAUACUACUUAAAACUUAAUGCUAAAUUAUAUUCUAAGGAU